AUGGGGAUUGUGUUUACUCGAUUGUUCUCUUCGCUUUUUGGUAACAAAGAAGCUCGGAUCCUCGUUCUUGGUCUUGACAAUGCUGGAAAAACCACAAUUCUCGAUCAGCUUCAGAUGGGUGAAGUUGUCUUCAUAAUUCCAACAAUUGGGUUUAAUGUGGAAACAGUUCAAUAUAACAACAUAAAGUUUCAAGUUUGGGAUCUAGCAAUUGGGUUUAAUGUGGAAACAGUUCAAUAUAACAACAUAAAGUUUGAAGUUUGGGAUCUAGGCAUGGCUCCUUGCUCUAGUUAUUUUACUAGCAAGGUCAAAUAUGAUGAUACAUGUUGGAUUAAUCACCUACUUGGCUCUAGCAUUUGUUUGGCUCUAUUUCCCAGAAGAUUAACUCAUUAUGCACAAUAUACAUAUGGGUUUAUGCAAGAGAAUGUAAAUGGUGAAACUUAUUGA